CUGGAAACCAGAACCUUCGCUUUUGGCGUCUCCUUGACCCGAGGACGCAUCCCGUCAACGGUUAAGGAAAGGUCAGGAGCUUCGACCUCGCAGUCAGCAUGGACGUCAGCUAACGGUUCGGAGCGACCGGGACGCCCUGUGUCGCGUCGCCGGGCGCUGCUCCUGCUUCUCUGGACCGAGCCGAACCGAGUGCCUCCCUCCCUGCCGCAGCGGCGGACGAGCGAGAGGAGAAGAAAGGAGACGAGAGGACGAUGUGGCGCAGAAGCUCCAUCCGGAACCUGCCGAGGCCCCCCGCUCAUGUCUGCUAAAAGGUGAGCGAGCGAGCGAGCGAGCGAAAGGACAUUUUCCCACACACAGCGGCUGAAAGAAGUACUUAAGAAGCCACCAUUUUUCUCACUCGAUAUAUUUCCAAAAGUGCCAUUGACCGCAACAUUGGGAACAACCCAAGUCAUCCACACAUACCAAGAACGUAGAGCAAAUAAGCUCCCAAAUUAAAUCGUGUGUACUCAUGUGAAAUGACACAGGGAAAAAGUAUUGAACACACGAAGGUGCAAAAAGGCACGGAAAGCCAAGAGAACACCUAAAACCCGUCAAUAAUCUAACAGCAGCGUCAGUGCAAAUGAAUAUCAGCUGGUUCUGUCCUAAUUGAUGGCCUCCAGAGAGGUCGUUCCAGUGAGCCCGAAUACGGAAGGGGAAAGCCAAGCGUGCCAGCGGCGGUUUGCCUCCGUCAGACGCUCCUCGCAAGAUUUCCGACAGAGGAGCGCAAAGAAUAAUCAGCGGAGUUGUGUCAGAGCCAAGGGCCACCUGUGGAGCGCUUCAAAAAGCAUGUCCAAGCUCGUUUGAAGUUUGCUCAACAACAUUGGGAUCGGGAGAAUAGCGUCUGGUCUGAUAAGAGCAAAAUGGAACUAUGCUAACUACUAACGAACCAUAACUAGCCACUAACCGUAAUAACCCGAUAUAUAUAAAUAAAUACCAGUUGGCGUGUUCAAUACUUUCCUCCCUGUGUCAUUUGACAUGAUUACACACAACUUAAUUUCUGAGCUUAUUUGUUCGACUUUCUACUUGGGUUGUUUCCAACAUCUGGUGAAAGGUUCAUGUCAAUAGCACCUUUAGAAAUGUAUGUUUAGCGGGGAAAAAGGGUGACGCGUUAAAUACUUAUUUCAGCCACUGUAUGUGUGUUUGGCAUGACGGUGACACGCGCAGGAUGGAGGCACGCGCGAAGGCGAGCGGCGAGCGGCGCGGCGCGGCGCCGCCGCCGCCGCCGUGCUCUCGGACCAACGGCUGGAGCUGGCCUCCUCAUCCCUUGCAGAUGCUGGCCUGGCUCCUCUACGCCUACUUCGCCGUCGUUGGCCUGGGAGUGUUUGUGCCGCUGCUACCCGCGCACUGGAUGCCCGCCGGGUAUAUCUGCACCGGCGUGAUUUUGGCGUGCCACCUGUGCGCUCACGUCACGGCGGUGAGCGUGGACCCGGCCGACCGCAACGUCAGAGCCAAGAGCCUCCGAGGGCCGCUUCCCGUCUUCGACCGGUCGGAGCGCGCCCACGUCAUCGAGAACUGCCACUGCUACCUGUGCCGGGUGGACGUGGGGCCCAAGUCAAAGCACUGCAGCGCGUGUAACAAAUGCGUCGCCGACUUCGAUCAUCACUGUCGAUGGCUCAACAACUGCGUGGGAAGCAGGAACUACAACUUGUUCCUGUACAGCGUGGCGUCGGCCGUGUUGGGCGCGUGCGUCCUCCUGGUGGUUUCGUCGUACGUGCUGAUCGAGUUCUUCUUAGAGCCCGGCAAACACUUCUGGGCGCUUAACCAGACGGCGUCGCGGUUCCCGUUCGUGCCGGCGGGGCCGCUGCGAGCGCCAACCGCCGUGAUCCCUGCGCUGGCCGCCGUCACCGUCGCGAUGGCGCUGCUCGCCUGUGUGCUGCUCUGCCACCUGCUGGCCUUCCACUGCUACCUCAUGUGGAACAGGUUGAGCACGUACGAGUACAUCGUGCGCCAGCGCCACCGUCGGGACGGAAGACGAACAAGCACCUCGGAGGACCUCCGGCCCGCCGCCGAUGCGUCCGUCCGCUCGAAGGAUGUGGACAACUCGGAAACUCUGGGCUAUACCAACGCUCCGCUGGACGGGGGGACCGCACAAAGGUCAAAGGCCAAUGGCAGCGUGAGGGGUGUGGCCAGUCCCCUUCUGGAGCUAGAAGCCCCGCCCACUAUCUCCACAGAGCACAGCACAGUACAGCACACACACACAAAGAAGAAGACGACAAAGAAGAAGAAGAAGAUCCCGCUUCCUGGUGCGAUUGGGGCAGAAGGUUGGGCCCCGCCCACUGCGCCGUCUUCGUCGGAGCGGGUCGGCGCGUCGCCUCCGGGCCGGCCCCCUCCGAAACCUCCCGUCCGGGCCGCCGCCCCUCCCGCCGAGUACCACUCGGACUCGGCCGAGUCCCUGGAGGAGGUCCCCGUGGCGCUGGACAAACUGGGCUCGUCGUCCCCGCCGCCGCCCCUCCCGCUCGAGACUCACGGGAAGUACGCCGCACGGCUCGGCCCGCCCGCCAUUUUCCUGAGCGGCGGCGAGGUGGCGGCCGCUUCUUGUCCUUCUCCGGCCGUCGCUUGGUGGUGAGGAGAAUUUGACUUCCCGGUUGUCCCGUUGUCGUGGCAACAGCACCCUCACGCUGCCUUCGCUUUUGGUUCCAUGCGCACCCGGGGGCGGAAAAAGAAUUUAACAGAUAAAUUGAUCACUUUGAACACUCUAUCUUCUGGCGAGUUUGGCUUCAAACCGUCAUGUCACCGACCCGUAGUUGUGCCGGUUGUGGCGUCGUACAGGGGAGCCCGAUAUCCCGAUUCCCGGGUUUGCUCGCGUGACGUUUCGGUCGACAGCAGAGGGCGAUAUUGCCCGACGUGGCCGCCGCCUGAGAUUGAUGAAAAUGUUAUGAGUUUAGCCGUUUCAUUAUUACCCAGCAAAGGCAAUAUUCCUCAGAAUACCGUGUUUGGAUUCAUGGGGGCGUAGACAACAUAUUGCUGCCCGCCAAAAAUGUUUGUUUUCUUCCUCUUGAAAUCACAUUUCCACAUUUGUGUCGCGACCCAAACUUGAUCAAUGUUCAGCUCGUUGGGUCCACCUCGUCAACUGUCCCCAUUUCCAAAAUUGCUCCAAUUUUCACAAAAAAAGCCCCAAAUUCAGACUUUGCUCACUUUCCGCAUUUCUUGACCGAUUCGGACUUGAAACCGUUCCGCUCGUAUCGUUCCGCGUUUCCAUAGGAUUUCUUCAGAACCAUGUUGUUUCUGUUCUGUUGUUUGGCGCUGAAGUGGUUUGACUGUUUGCUGUUUCCAAAU